AUGUCCAUGAUGGGUAAGAUGAAAUACUUUCUUGGACUACAAAUUAAGAAACUAAAGAAUGUCAUAUUCAUCAACCAAUCCAAGUAUUGCAAAGAAUUAUUGAAAAGAUUCGACAUGGAUAAUGGAAAAGCAAUGUUUACUCCAAUGGGAUCCAUAACUUAUGUUAAUCAAGAUGAAUCCGGUGUGGCGAUAGAUAUUACAAAGUAUCAAGCAAAUUCUAAGGAAUCACAUCUCACCGCCGUAAAGAGAAUCAUGAAGUAUCUCAAAGGAACAAUGAAUGUUGGCAUAUGGUAUCCAAAAGGUAGUAUAUGUGAUUUAGUUGGAUUUUCUGACUCGGAUUAUGCAAGUUAUAAAACUGAUAGCAAAAGCACAAUGGGUACUUAUCACAUACUAGGAAAUGCACUAGUAUCAUGGUCUUGCAAGAAACAAGCUUAUGUCACACUUAGCACGGCCGAAGCGGAAUAUAUUGCGGUAGGAAAUUUUUGUGCUCAAAUUCUUUGGCUCAAGCAACAAUUAAGUGACGAUGGACUCAAUCUUGGAUGCAUUCCUUUAGAUGUGACAAUACAAGUGCCAUAA